AUGAAGCGCAAGACUGAGGAACGACCUUCGCUUGAUGGCAAUGGCUUGCCUAAUUCCAAAAAGCGUGCACUUUCCACCGAGGAGGCCGUUAGCCGCUUCAGCGAUGGAUUGUUCGACCCCGCGAAGCAGAAGAACUACACCGAUUCUUACGCCAAGUCGAACCCUUAUUACCACGGCGUCAUCCACCCUCUGAUCGAACCAUCUCUGCUCCGUUCCGUCCGCGAUGAAAUUCAAGAGCACCUCUCCUUCACCGAGAAGGAAACCGAUAUUUAUAAGAUCUUCCAAUCAGGCGAUCUGGCCAACCUUGACGGUCUUGAUGAUUCCUCUCUCUCCAAACUGCCGUCUAUCUUGAAGCUCCGCGACGCCAUGUACUCGGCACGCUUCCGUGAAUACUUGUCCUCCGUGACUGGCUCUGGAAAGCUGAGUGGACAGAAGACCGACAUGGCGAUUAACGUAUAUAACGAGGGAUGCCAUCUUCUCUGCCAUGACGACGUUAUCGGUAGCCGACGUGUCAGUUAUAUCCUCUACCUGACCGACCCCGACACUCCAUGGCAGGAACAAUGGGGCGGUGCCUUGCGCCUGUACCCAACAACCACCGAGAAGGAUGCCCAGGGCGAGGAUGUCAAGAUUCCUAGCCCGGAUUUCAGCCUCUCCAUUCCUCCGGCUUUCAACCAGCUUAGCUUCUUCACCGUUCAGCCAGGUGAAAGCUUCCACGAUGUCGAGGAAGUAUACCACCCCCGUGAGGACGAGGACAAGUCCAAGAAGCGCGUUCGCAUGGCAAUCAGCGGCUGGUUCCAUAUUCCUCAAGAAGGUGAGGAUGGCUACGAGGAGGGUUUGGAGGAGAAGCUAGCGGAGCGCAGCAGUUUGGCCCAACUGCAGGGCCGCGGCGACAUCUACGAUCUGCCGCAGCCGAACCCCAUUGCUUGGGAGGAGCCCGAGGUGGAGGGUAAGGGCAAAGGCAAAGUUGAGGAGCAAAUAGAGGGCAACGAAUUCACAGAGUCCGAUCUGGAGUUCUUGGUCAAGUACAUUGCGCCCUCAUAUCUGACCCCCGAUAUUGCCGAGGAAAUGUCAGAUUCGUUCGCGAGCGAGUCCUCUCUCAGUUUGGAGCGCUUCCUACAUGAGAAGUUUGCUUCUCGGGUCAGCGCGUACAUUGAGGAACAAGAGCGGCAAUCUCUUCCCACUUCAUCAGAGGAAAUCAAGUCUCAAACUGGAUGGACCGUUGCUCGUCCCCGCACAAGCACCGAUACUUGUAUCAACAACCUGCACCUGCCUUUCCGGAAAUGGCUGUCACUUAUCACUGGCGUCGAUCAUCUUACAAGCCACAACUUCCUUGCCCGUCGUUUCCGUCGCGGUGCAGACUACACAUUGGCGAGUGGAUACGAUGCCGAGGAGCCCCGUCUGGAGUUCACCCUUAGCCUCACACCAUCAUCGGGAUGGGAGAAAGAGGUGGAGGAAGAGGAAGAGGAUGGCGAGAAUGGCCAGGCUCAGUCCAAGCCCAAGGAUCAGGCCAACGGCGAUGCCGCUGAGCACCCCUCGGUUGGUGGCUAUGAGAUUUAUAUGGCUGGCGACGACGAGGAAGAUGAAGAGGAGGACGAAGAGAAUGCCGAUCAGGUACUCCGGCCCAAGGAGAAGAAGAAGGCCGACCCUGCGAUCUACCGCUCAGCCGGUGCGGACGAGGACGAUGGCAUUUUAUUCAGCACUCAGGCUGGAUGGAACCGUCUUAGCAUUGUACUCCGUGACAAUGCCACUCUGAAGUUCGUCAAGUACGUCAGUGCAGCCGCCAAGGGUGACCGAUGGGAUAUUACUGGUGAUAUCGGAGUCCAAUUUGAAGAGGGUGAUGACGAGAACGACGAUGAAGAUAUGGAAGACCAAGGUGAAGAUGAAGAAGAAGAGGACGCAGAUGAAGACGAAGACGAAGACGAGGAGGAGGAGUAG